AUGAGUGUGAGCAAGAGAAGAAGACUGUCAACGUCAUGUUCGGAGGCUACGGAGAAUGUCAAAACCAAGGUGGUUUUUACACUCGAGACACUUCCACCGGAAGUACUGGAGACCAUUUUGGGUUUCUUACCGAUGCAGACGGUUGCUGGAACUUUUCGACUUGUUUCAAGGCAUUGUCAAUUAGUUGCUAAUAUGCUUCUGAACGGGGCAUUUUUCUCAGCUGGCCACCGACUCGAGUCCACCCUAAACUUCGCCAAGGAGCGAAUCUACACAGCUAAAAAUAAUACCGACCUCCUAGUCUUCACGAAAGCCUUCAAUAUUCUCGAGCUAGUUCACAUGCAAUACCGCCUCCUCCGUGCCGUUACCUGGCGUUACACCCAUCCCCCACGUCCUGAAAGAUUUCCCAGGCUGUGCUUUUAUCCUGGUGGCCUCUUAGACCAGCUAAAUCGCAUUCUUUAUCUGACAAAAGCCCAACCAGCCUCUCUAAUCGGACCUAAUGGACCGGAGGCUAUCAUCUCGAGUUUCUCUCAUUUCUGCAAACGUUUCAUGAAUUAUUUUGAAAAGGUGUCAGAGAGAAAAUUUAACAGAUCUCUACUCAUCUCCGGUUGCAAGGCAGUCGACAUUCUGGAUUGUUUGGCUGAGGGCCGCAAGAUUCUCUCCUUUAGAGUGACCCCAGGCCGUGGUAACCGAGGUAGCAUCGUCUGUAUGCGCCUUCAGUACACGAUGCGUCGUACUUGGUUUACCUGUCUACAGGUGCCCUGUACUGUAGAUGAAGGUUCUUGGCGUGAUGAGCAGAGAUUUAUGUAUCUACGUCUACGACGUUUAGUGGCUAGUGUAAACGAGCAUUACUACGAGGGGAAACAUUUUGGAAGAGAAAUUUCCAUCCAGACUAGAACAGCCGUUACCCCCCAAGUCAUCCUUCCCUCCACCUACUCAGGAUAUGGAGAAUAUGGUGGAAAAUUCUUCUACUACGGCAACAUGAAUACACAGGCGUAUACAACAAAGUGGCACCGACCCGCUGAAUCUGAAGAGCAUCUGGAGUAUCCAGAAGAACAGCGAAAGGACAAGAAACUAUUCCCAACAUACGAUCUCGUCAUAGGAAUCGAACUUCGCUGCUCACCGGAGCUUGCACCUCUCAUCAUCAGACCUAUUCUUAGGAGCGACGAUGUCGACAACAAUCGACCACUCUCCCACAACCCUGAGAUGUACCUCAAAAUGACUGUCAAUUGUCCAGCAUCCAGGGCUAAUCGAUUGCCUGGACACUUUGUCUGGGAACAACGUGCGUGCAAGGGGAAACCACCUUCUUGACACUUUUUUUUCGGAUGGAGGGCAGCAUAUUUGCUUGUUGUUGAAUUAUACAUUCUUGUAUGUCGUAUUUUUAAUUUUUAAGUCUAUGAAAAUGAUGUUGUAUGGGAUAAUAAAUUGAUGGACGUAUAGAAUGGAUUAAUAAAAAAAAUCAUGUGAAACUUCUGAGCAUAACUUGUGGAAUUUGGCUGGAAUCAAGGACGAAAACUUCUGGAGUAUUUUUCAAAAACAUAAUGACAGAACUUUAAAAAUGAGUUCACCUCUACGUCGUAUUUUUAAACAUUUUUAAAAAAUAUUUAUCGUUAUCAAAGUACUUUAAAUUUAUUUUAUUUGGC